GAACAUGUCCCAUAACAUCUGUUUGGUAGAUGCAUAACCAAACAAUUAGUUACCCUAUUCCAACAUGACCAACGAGGCCACUUCGUCCAGGCAAAAACCGUCUUCCACAAAGCCCUUAGAAAUAACUGAAAAAGUGAGAGUCCUCUGUUUGCAUGGCUAUCGCCAAAAUGGCGAAAGCUUUAAAAGUAAACUCGGCUCAUUUCGCAAACAUGUAAACAAAUAUGCCGAGUUUGUUUUCAUAGAUGCACCGCACAAGGCAAAACCCAUGGAAGAGGGUGCAGAACCGCAAGCUGAUCAAUUGAGUUGGUGGUUUAAUAAGGACGAUGGUUCAUUCAAGGGUACCAAUAAAAAUGGACCGGCAUUUGGUUUUCAGGAGAGUCUAAAAUUGGUUGAAGAAACGUGGAAAACACAGGGACCAUUUCAAGGCUUGUUGGGCUUUUCACAGGGGGCCUGUUUUGUGGGUCUUAUAUGCGGUUUGGCGAAGAAAAAAUUAACCUCGAUUAAACCGGAAUUUGCCAUUAUGUCUUCGGGAUUUCUUUCUGGCAGUUUGGUGCAUAAAAGUGCCUAUGAAGAGUCAGUCAUAAUACCCACAUUGCACAUUUAUGGUCUAUCCGAUGAAAUUAUACCCAAAGAAAUGAGCCAAGAACUGGCUAAUCAUUUCAAAAAUGUCGAAGUUUUGGAGCAUAACGGCGGCCAUUACUUCCCGGCCACGUCACAACAGAAACAAACGUACAUUAAUUUUUUCCAAGAUCGUUUGCAGGAAUACUUAGAAAAUCUUGAAUUGCAACAGACGUCAAAUGCGGCAUUUGUCGAGGAACAACCACAAAAUAGUGAAGAUGUUUCGGAUUCACUGGAGGAAAGUGAUUAAAGUAAUAACUUUGUAUUCCAGUCAAAAUUAUAUGAAAAUAUUAAAUAUAUGUAAUUAUUUAAAAAUAGUUUUAUAGGAAAUAUAUUAAUGAAAUCUAUGAACAAUAUCAA